GUGUAGGACCAUCCGUCGCCAUGAAAUGGUAUGCAAAAGGUUAUAGGACUUUUGAUGACAUUAUUCAAAACGUCAAACUAACACGUGCCCAACGCAUUGGAAUUGAAUGUUAUGACGACCUUCAAGAAAGAAUUCCACGAGAUGAAGUGACUGAAAUUUCAAAACGCGUAGAAAUAGCUGCUUGUAAAAUUGACCCAAAAUUAUUAUGUAUUACCGUUGGGUCUUACAUUAGAGGUCAACCAACUUGCGGUGAUAUAGAUAUUUUGAUAACCAGAAAUAAUUCUGAUGGAAAAUCAAGUUCGGAUUCCUUUUUAAAGUUGCUCGACGCUCUACGUGAACAAGGAUUAUUAACGCAUGAUCUCACACAACCUAAUGAUGAAAAAGCCUCGUCAAGAUACCUUGGAAUUUAUCUUUUCACUGUUCCAUUUAAUGAAUUAGGUGCUGCAUUAUUAGCUUUUACAGGAAACGAUGUUUUUAAUCGAAGUAUGAGAUUGCUUGCAAGAAAACAGAAAAUGAAACUGAAUAAUCAUGGUUUAUAUAAAGAUAUUUCUCGGGGUCGCGGUGGUGUAAGUUUAAAUGAAGGGACAUUGGUUGCACAAAGAACUGAAAGGGAAAUAUUUGAUGCUUUGGGGGUUCCAUGGCG